GCGAAGGGACGCGAGGGGCAAGAGCUAAGGAGUUGCGCUCCGGAAGCCCUUUGGAGGGGCCAUGUGCUCCCCGGGUGCCUGUUCCCACCUCCUCGGGCAGGAGGAGGAAGCGCGGCUGCCAAUGCGCCAGGCUAGAGCGAGCUCGGCGCGGGAGGAGAUGACGCACAAGACAGCGCUCCCCCCAAAAAAGUGCUUCUCCAGGACGAAGAUGGCGGCAACUUAGCCCAGGGACCAAAGAUGCCUGUGGCCAUCGGGAGGCAAAACCCAGGCAAGCCCGCCCCGCGCGCCGGGGGAGAACGCGCCCGGCGGCAGCAGCCGCAGCUCCCUGUCACCAGCCGCCGCCGCGGCAGCCGCCUCCUCCUCCUCCUCCUCUUCAGCCGCGCUCCGGGAGCCCUGCAGCAGCGCCUCUCCGCCUAGGGCGCAGGAGGGAGAGGGAAAGGCGAAGACGGAGACCCGGGCGCAGGCAUCCGCGCCAGGGCGCUGGGCUCGGGGGGAGGAGAAGCAGCCCCAGCGCCACUAGGCAGGGCAGGGGGGAGGGAAGGCAGGCAGGGGAGCUGCUCUCCUCAAGCCGUCCGUCGGCAGCGGGGGGAAGCGGCAUGCGGCUGGCAGGGGGCAGCCAGCUUUUCUCAGGAGAGCGAUGGAGAGCUGCUAUCUGACAAUGCCUGGGUGAGAGGAGGGGAGGCAAAGAAGCAGCCAGCCAAGCCCACCACCAGCCGCCACCACCACUGUCACCACCACCACCAACACCAUCACCACCUCCUCCUCCUUCUCCUCUCUCCGCAUUGUUCCUCUCAUCCGCUCCGCCGUACUCUGGCUUGGAUGGAUCUGGCUGGCUAGUGUGGUGAGACCCAGCCGGAUCCACCUGCAAAACCCAACAACAUUUCAAUAGGGAGAGGACGAAGAAGAAGAAGAAGAAGAAGAAGAAAGAAGAGGAAGAAAAGGAGAGCGAGAGGGGGAGAGUGGACGAGAAAAAGGGGGAGAGAAAGAGAGGAAGGAAGGCAAGAAAAUCCCCCCCAAUCUCUUAAGUCAAUGCAUAUUGUAGUGACACUGGCAAAGGAGCCCUCACGGUGGAGUCGGCCAGGGCUGUGCGUUCCCAAAAUAUGACCAGGGGUGCUUGGAUGUGCAGUCGGCAGUAUGAUGACGGCCUAAAAAUCUGGUUUGCACCCCGGGAGAACGAGAAACCCUUCACUGAUUCAGAGAGGGCUCAGAAAUGGCGACUGUCCCUGGCAUCGCUCUUGUUUUUCACAGUCCUGCUCUCUGAUCACUUGUGGUUCUGUGCCGAAGCCAAACUCACCAGGACCAGAGACAAGGAGCAGCAGCAGCAGCAGCAGCAGCCCGAGCAUCCGGAGCGGGAGCUACUCUCUAGCAUGGGGGAGCCCUCGCCUGCAGCACAGGCGGCCCAGAGACUCCUCUCCUCCUCAUUACCCACCUUGCCCUCCCCCAGCAGCAGCAGCAGCAGAGGCGGCAGCAGCAAAAAUAACAACAACAAUAACAACAACAAGGCUAUUUUUCUAGGGAACUCUACCAAACCUUUUUGGCGCCUGGAGACGUGUUACCCGCAGAGCUCCGCAUCCGGCCAGUGUUUCAGCGUGGAGGAUGCGGACUCUGUGUGCCGGAGGAGCUGGAGCCGGGAGCAGCCGGCGACAGGGAAUCCUCAGACUCCGGGCUGGAACUUGACGGAUUUUUACCUUUCCUUUUGUAAUUCCUACACCCUUUGGGAGUUGUUCGCCGGGUUGUCCAAUCCGGACACUUUGAACUGCAGUCUGGAUGUGGUGCUGGCGGGGGAAGGCUCCUGCAGCCAGUGCGUCCAGGCUUACCAGCGCUACGACCAGCACGCUCAGGAGAAAUACGAAGAGUUUGAGGUUAUGCUCCAGAAAUAUUUACAAUCGGAUGAGUACUCAGUGAAAUCGUGCCCUGAGGAUUGUAAGACUGUCUACAAAGCCUGGCUCUGUUCCCAGUAUUUUGAAGUCACACAGUUUCACUGCAGCAACAGAAUUCCUUGCAAGCAAUACUGUUUGGAGGUUCAGACAAGGUGUCCAUUUAUAUUACCAGACAAUGAUGAUGUCAUCUAUGGAGGACUAUCAAGUUUCAUCUGUACAGGGCUCUAUGAAAAUUAUCCAACCAAUGCAGAACCAGAAUGCUGUGAUGUCAGAUGGGGACUAUUACCAGAUAACCAAUCCAAAGGGACUAUAAAAAGAAGUGACUCAACCAUGUGUCACAGGACAUCGCUCACGGUUUCAUCAGCAUCAAGACUGUGUAAUAGCAGACUUAAACUGUGUGUUCUUGUAUUAAUUCUCUUACAUACAGUACUUACAGUCUCAGCAGCACAGAACUCAACAGGACUAGGCUUUGGAAGCAUAACAACUUUGGAAGAUAAUUCAACUAACGAGGAAUAAAAGAAAGGAUACAUGUCAAAUGACAGACACACAUCACGCCCAUGUGUACUACAGUCAAAUAUAACAAGAGACUGGGUGCUUUUACCCUCAAAUCACUUUUUGAAAGGCCUUCUGGGUAAAAUUAAAAAGGAUGGGCAACAAUCCAAACAACAAGGACACAUGAACACAGCUUUUUAUUGACUAAAAGGCUGAAUGGUGACUUAAAUUUCUCACACCAUUUUAUACACUGUGUUUUAAUGUUUGGAGUUUCUUUUUUGUUUGUUUUUUGCACUUGUUAAUACAGGAUUUUAUUUUUGGGACGGUUUCUCAAAGCUAAACUAAGUCUUUUCACUGUCGAUAUAUUUCUAUUCAUUGUGUGUGUUCAUCUGAUAGUUCUGUCUUUUAUGUCCUGUCAGUUUCUAUUAGAGGAAUGACUGCUAUGAUUCCAUGGCAUAAAAAAAGCAACAAAAACAAAAUAAAAAACAACAAAAACACAAAAAAAUACAAAAAAACCCUACAUACCCUACAACCACCAACCUAACUCCUUUUUACCUGUGGAAACCAUUCUCUUCCGUCCUCCUCCCCCAUCUCCCUUAAGCAGACAACAUCCAUUUGCUUCUGUCUGUGUAAUCACAAUGAAUGGGUACACAUGAUUCUGGUGUGCCUCUGCCACUGUUGCACAAACCAGCUGACUGAGCAAACCCAAAUGGAGCAUGAGAGGGUUCUUUUUAGCUGAACAAACAAGUGCUCUCCUUAGAAGGUGGGAUCGGACAGUUAACAAAUUUUUAUGUAUAGAAAUCUAUAACAAACUGUUGCUCCAAUUCCCAUUUUAAAGAAGUCCAGUCCUUUCUCGCUGGUCAGUUGAACAGGAGCAACCUUUUUAGAUACAGUAGGGGAAACCAGUUAAGCUCAGCGAGUUGAAUAGUUGGAAGCUCUUCCUAUUGGAGGUGAAAGAUUGGCAUUCAUUGUGAAUUACGUGUUCAAUUCCACUGCAGUCACAUAACCAGCAAAGAUUCAUAAUGUCUGGGAGCAAAGAGAAAAAAAAUUCUUAAGAAAAAAAAAUUAUUCUCACAAAGCUACAGUAGAAGCUUUGAGCACCGACAGUACAAAUGAUGUGUUCAGUGUUGAAUCCAUUAUUUUUCUAACAGCUACAUGUUGUGGAAAGUUAUUCCAGUUAUUAAGAGUGCAUCAUGAUGUAUUAGCACAGCUGAAGAACAUGUUUUUUUAAUAAAUAGGUCAACCAUUUUCAUAAGUGUGCAAUAAAACAGCAAAGAACAUACCAGGCUCUCAGUAAUCAAGGAAAAGAAGAGUAAUCUGAUUGCCUUUUCCAUUAUUUUUUUUUUGUGGGGGGGAGGGGACAUUUUAUCCACUGAGUGUAUGAGUAUUUGCUUUUAAAAAAAGGUUUUUUAGAGUUUACAAUAGAAUCAAUGGAAGGAAAAGUUAAUAAGGGCUGUUUUUAAACAUUUUACAUUCCUUCCUAUUCUCUAACUACACUUGGGAAGUGCACUUUAGAGAUGUUUGCUGUGUAGCUGGGAGAUGAAGGAAAACUAUAUGAAAUGUUCUCUUAGCAAAUAAAGUUUAGUUAUCUACUCUCUUGCUUUGAAAUAUCCCUUGAUAAUUAUAUCCAUUAUAAAACCAUUUAAUCACAGCUGCUUAGGUAUGUAUUUUUUUAAAUAAUAUAUUAUGGUUUGUGAAAUUUGAUGGGGUGGGAGGGAAGAGAGAAGAAAACCCUACUGGUUAAGCAGUUUACAAUAUAUUUAUUGAGAUGUAAAGCUCAAAUAUUUUGCAAGAAUAUUUGUUUUGAUAGUGUUUUACUCUGACGGGGACUGAGGAUCCUAAAAUGAUCUGUGCAAAUACAAAAAAAGCACCAAAAAUGCAAAAUUCUUCAGCUCAUUUGUGUUUCCAAAAGCUGU